CGACCACAUUCAAAUGCAGAUAAAACCAAAGGUACAAAAACUACCCUCAGGCAAAGAAGGUAAAUUCAGUUUAAAAAAAAAGAGAGAGAAAAGGUGAACAAAGUUCUAGCACACAGGUGAGUAUGAAAACACUUAAGUCACAAAAAACAUGGAUGCAUUUGAUUCAUUUCUUCUAUUUGUUCCUUUCCUUUUAUUUUCCUUCUGAAUUUGUUUAUAUAGUAUGCAGUCUUACACCAUUUAACUUUUUUAUUUCAAAUGCCUAUAAGACAUGGUGUGUUAAUACAGACCAUUCAUUCAAAUUCACUACUAUAUCAACAGCUAUCUGGAAGCCAGAAAGAAGAGGGUGCAUCUGAAUUUGAUGCUGCUACAGAUAUGGCAUGUAAGAAAAAAAAGAACUGGAGGAUUUUAAAAAGGAAAUAUUUGAAAAGAAAUCACUUCAAUUAUGUACAAAUAAUGACUUAAUUGUCACAACAGAACUAAAGUUGGUGCUGCUGGGGGGAGAUGAAUCUAAUAAUACUGCAGCAAAAAACAUGAUCAUUGGCAAAGAGGAAAUGAGCCAUGCAGUGGCAUCUACAGCUACAGUCACCCAGCAGAGCGAGAGCACACAGGUUAUAGCUGGGAUGAAGGUAAUGGUGGUGGACCUCAAUUCUCCUGGACCUUCUCUAGAGGAACUGAGAAAGACUGUGGAACCACAAGCCUUUCUCCUGGUCAUACCUGUAAAGUACUUAGAAGACAAAGUGAUUAGUGAAGAUGAAACACAAAUGACACUCAACAAGAUGGAGAAGAUUUUUGGAAUGAGAUAUCAGAGAUACACCAUGAUCCUUUUUACUGUUUCUGAUGAGCUUCAGAAGAAGAAGAUUGCGGAGUUUAUCCAGUCAAAAGACCAGAGACUAGAGAAAGUCCUAGAGAAAUGUGGGAACAGGUUUCACUGUCUCAACAUUAAGGAGAGUGGAGAUGGUUCUCAAGUCUCAGAGCUGCUGAAGAACAUAGAGAAGAUGGUGGAAGGGAAUAGAAAUAUGAAGGAAAGACAUGCCUGGAUUAGGGAAAUGCAAAGUCGAAUCCAUAAAGCUCUAGAAAAGUGGAUGCAGUUUGAUAAGGAUUAUGAAAAUGACCUAAAAUCUCUAGGGGAAAGUGGCAGUAAUGAGAAAAGAAAAAUGGUUACCCAAAUGAGAAGUGAAAAUAAGGUAAAAAUAGAGAUUGCACAGCAAAUGGAGAUGAUGUUUAAUACAAAACCGGAAGAAAACAGGCAGUUUAUUAAGGCCAUUUUGCCAGGAAACCAGCAACCUAUAUGGCUUUCACUGCCAGAUGAAGAGACCAAAAUUCUUGAAAAGUACAAAAAGCUUCAGCAACUUGGAAAAAAGUUCUCAGAAAUAAUGGGAAAGCUAAAUAUUGAUGAAUGAUUUGUGAAGAUGGAAUUGGGUGGAGAAACUGGGCAAGAGCUGUCGUGAAGGAGAGAUCAUGAAUAUCCAAUAUAUGUAAAUGAAAAGAAAAUAAUCAAAUAGUCAUUAAAUAUGUAUUUGUGCAAUUCUAAAAAAAUCUACCAUCCAUUAACAAAUCAGUAUGUUUUUCACAAUGUAACCUGCACUACUAAUAAAUGGUUGAUUUUC